AUGGCCGCCGAAUCCCAACCCCGCGCAGGCCGUCUGGCCGGCAAAAACGCCAUCAUCACCGGGGCGGCCGGUGGGAUUGGGCUGGAAACGACGAUCCUGUUCGCCAAAGAAGGCGCGUCGGUGCUGAUGGCGGACAUUUCAGAAGCGGCGCUGGCCAAGGCGCUGGCGAAGGUCAAGGAAUUGGUCCCUAACGCGCCACGCCUCAGCACGAUCAAAUGCGACGUGUCCAAGGAAUCCGACGUGGCCGCGGCGGUCGAGUCGCAGGAUCAGUACGGCGGCAUCGACGUCAUGUUCAACAACGCCGGCAUCAUGCACGGGCAGGACGACGACGCCAUCCACACGUCCGAGCAGGUCUGGGACCUGACCCAGAACAUCAACGUCAAGGGCGUCUGGUACGGCUCCAAGCACGCCGUGCUGAGCAUGCGCCGCCACCAGAAGAAGGCCGGCUCCAUCAUCAAUACCGCCAGCUUCGUCGCCUUGAUGGGCGCCGCCACCCCGCAGCUCGCGUACACCGCCUCAAAGGGCGCCGUGCUCGCCAUGACCAGAGAACUCGCCAUCGUCCACGCCCGCGAGAACAUCCGCUUCAACUCGCUCUGUCCCGGUCCGCUCAACACUCCGCUGCUGCAGGACUGGUUGGGCGAUGACGUGCAGAAGCGCUACCGCCGCGAGGUCCAUUUCCCGAGCGGCCGUUUUGGCGAAGCCAUCGAACAGGCCCACGCCGUUGUCUUCCUGGCUAGCGACGAGAGUAGCUUUGUCAACGCCACAGAAUUCCUGGUCGACGGUGGUUUGAGCAAGGCCUAUGUCACUAGCGAGGCGCCCCCUUCUGCCGCGCCCUUGAACAAUGCUCGUUGA